UGUUUUUAAUGCAGAAACACAAACAAAUAUGAAGCCCGUUAGCUCUUCAGUGCCUAUUCCAUUUGUUCUUACUCUUCUUUUCUCAUUUUUGUGGGCAACUUCGGCUCACACUCAUGAAGACUUCCUUCAAUGCUUGACCCUUCAUGCUGGAAACUCUACCUCCUCAAUUUCUCAAGUCAUUUACACCCCUGCCAAUUCCUCAUAUUCAUCCAUAUUGGAAUUUUCCAUACAAAAUCCUAGAUACUCAACACCUGCCACCCCGAAACCUCUAGUCAUUAUUACCCCAUUGCAUGUCUCCCAAAUUCAAGCAACCAUUAAGUGUUCCCAAAAACAUGGCAUGCAAAUAAGAGUUAGAAGCGGUGGUCAUGAUUUUGAGGGCCUUUCUUAUGUUUCUUAUGUUCCAUUUGUCAUAAUUGAUCUAAUAAAUCUUCGUUCAAUCAAUGUUGAUGUAAAAAAUGGCACUGCAUGGGUCGAAACCGGUGCCACUCUCGGUGAAGUAUACUAUACAAUUGCCGAGAAAAGUAGAAACUUUGGCUUUCCAGCAGGAUUAUGCCCAACUGUGGGUGUUGGUGGACACAUCAGCGGGGGAGGGUACGGCACCUUGUUGCGCAAAUAUGGCCUUGCUGCAGAUAAUAUUGUUGAUGCCCAAAUGAUUGAUGUUAAGGGUAGAAUCCUUGACAGAGAAUCCAUGGGAGAAGAUCUAUUUUGGGCCAUUCGAGGAGGUGGAGGGGCCAGCUUUGGAGUCAUUGUUGCGUGGAAAAUCAAGCUGGUUUAUGUUCCAUCAAUUGUGACUGUAUUCACAAUUAAUAGGAACUUGGAACAAAAUGCAACCAAGCUUGUUCAUCGAUGGCAAUAUGUUGCUGACAAGCUUGAUGAAGACCUAUUCAUUCGCGUCAUCUUGAGUGCUGCCAAUUCUAGCCAAGAAGGGAGGAGAACAAUACAAGCUUCAUUUAAUUCCUUGUAUCUCGGAGGGAUAGAUAAUCUCCUUUCAUUGAUGCAAGAGAGCUUCCCUGAGCUGGGUUUGGUAAGAGAAGAUUGCUCUGAAAUGAGCUGGAUUGAAUCUACCCUCUACUUUGCCGGGUUUCCAAGUGGGGAAUCCUUGGAUGUACUGCUAAGCAGGACUCCUCUAACAAGACCAACUUUUGUCAAAGUAAAAUCUGAUUAUGUGAUGGAACCUAUUCCAGAAGUUGGCUUGGAAGGUAUCUGGGAGAGAUUUUACCAAAAAGAGGCCAAGGAAGCAGAAUUGGUCUUGAGUCCAUAUGGGGGAAGAAUGAGUGAAAUCUCGGAAUCUGCAAUUCCUUUCCCACAUAGAGCUGGUAACAUCUACAAAAUGCUACACUUGGUGCUUUGGGAAGAAGAAGGAAUUGCGGCAUCCGAGAGGCAUAUAAGUUGGAUCAGAAGGCUUUACAGUUACAUGGCUGCCUAUGCUUCAAAAUCUCCAAGAGCUGCAUACAUCAAUUAUAGGGACCUUGACAUUGGAACAAAUAGUAAGGAAGGCAACACAAGCUAUAGACGGGCAAGUACAUGGGGUACUAAAUAUUUCAAGAGCAACUUUAACAGGUUGGUUCACGUGAAGACCAUGAUCGAUCCCACUAAUUUCUUUAGGAAUGAACAAAGCAUCCCGGCUCUUUCAUCCUGGUGAUAGGUGAUUUUAAAGCUGAUGCUUAAUUACAGAAGAUAUUGUACUCGACAAUAAAUCCUCUCUCUAUCUUAUUUUACCUAUUAUUUCAUUUAAUAAGCGCAUAUCAUAAAGGCCAUAUAUAUGGAUAUUAUAUGUGCGACAUGUUUAUGUUCCAUUAAUGUAGUACUUUUCAUUUACUUCAAUUAUAUAUUUUGAUCUGUUGGUUUUUUUGUUAUGAA